ACUGACUUUUGAAAAUGGGGGAUGCUGCCAAGAGAAGCAAAAACGGAGGUUUAAUGGAUGAAGAAGAUUUUAAAAGAACUCCUGGAAAGCAGUCCUACUUGGCUCAUGAUUCCCAUGGGAACAAUGAAGGAAAGAAGCUAGAUCCCCAAAAGUCUAAACCUAUUCCAUAUAGUAGCAGUCCCCGAAAUGGGACUCUUCAAAACACUUUGAAAAACUUCAGCCCAGGGGGACGAGCAGGUACUAAUCAAAAGGAUGGAGGCAAAAGGUGGAUGACGGAAGAGCAGAGAAGUAGCUCUGAUAACUGGAGGGAAAGGCGAUCCCAGGCAUUUAACAGAGCAAGGAAUGAUUCAACGGGUGAGCAAGCUGAUGGUUGUAGGUGGCAGGAAGGCGGGGAGCGUCGUAACCGAUUGGGCAGAACUCCGAUACAGAAAGGUGCCUUUCCUGAAGAUGGUUCUGAUCAAACUGGCAUUUCUGUGACACGAAAUAAACAAAAGCGUGACAGACGUCGCUACAAGUCUGAGCAGGAAGAGGAUGACUGCCUAGAAAGCCCGGUCAUAGAUGAGUCAACAUUGUCCGAGAAGGAGUUGCUGGGACUCAAGCAAGCAGAGGAACGCUUAAAGCGAGACUGUAUUUACAGACUGAAAAGGCGCCCUCAAAAGUAUCCUACAGCGAUUUAUACAUGUGAUCUUUGUGCUGCCCUUGUUGAUUCUAUAUCCUCUGCACACAAACACAUCAAAGAGAAAAGACACAAGAGGAAUUUAAAGGAAAAAAGGCAAGAGGAAUUACUGAUGACUCUGCCACCACCAACUGAAUCCCAAAUACAAGCAAUCGGUGUAGCAAUUAGUAAAGUGGUUCAGGAGCAUGGUAUGGAUGAAGAAGACUUGGUUGAAAGGCUAUCCACAGUCUCUGCUAUGGAAGCACUUAUUCAUGAAAAUCUUCCAGGCUGCUCCCUUAGGCUGUAUGGAUCCUCCUGCAGCAGAAUGGGAUUCAAAAACUCUGAUCUGAACAUAGAUAUUCAAUUUCCUGCCAGUAUGAAUCAACCAGAUGUUCUUUUAUUAGUUCAAGACAGCCUGAAACAUAGUGAUUUGUUCGUAGACUUCGAUGCUGAUUUCCACGCAAGAGUGCCCGUUGUGGUCUGUACAGAAAAGAGAAGUGGUCGUCUUUGUAAAGUAAGUGCCGGCAAUGAAAAUGCUUGUCUCACUACCAGCCUUCUCACUACUUUGGGCUUACUGGAAUCAAGGCUCAUGCCUCUGGUUGUGGCUUUUAGAUACUGGGCAAAGCUCUGUGGAAUAGACAGACCUGAAGAAGGGGGUUUACCACCAUAUGUACUUGCUCUCAUGGUUGUGUUCUUCUUUCAACAAAGAAAUGAGUCUGUUCUACCGGUGUAUUUGGGAUCAUGGAUUGAAGGCUUUUCCGUGUCCAAACUGGGCCAAUUUAGCUUGCGAGAGCUUGACAAGGAGUAUGUGACUUGGAUACAGACUGCUGGAGAUGGGGAGAGUCUCCAAAAUGAGCAACGCCAGUUAAACGGAAAGGUUCCAGUCAUCUUUCCUGCGGAGAAACAGUGUUCUGCCUCCGUUGGUCAGCUGUGGGUUGACCUGUUAAAAUUUUAUGCUUUGGAGUUCAAUAUGGGUGACUUUGUCAUCAAUGUACGUGUUAAGGAGAAAAUAUCCAGGGAAUUAAAGGACUGGCCUAAAAAACGUAUUGCUGUGGAAGAUCCAUACUCUGUUAAGAGGAAUGUUGCAAGAUCCUUGAACAGUCAGUUAGUGUUUGAGUUCAUGCUUCACUGUUUGAAGGCUACAUACAAAUAUUUUGCCAUGCCACAAAGUAAGUCUCAGAAAUCCAAAAAGAAGCCCACCAAUGCUACCUCAGUUGAUCUGGAAGGCAUACGAAUCAAGAGUGAAAGUGAAAAACAAUCAAACCUCAUUCUUGAUGCAAGUCAAAAACUGGAAAAUUUGUCCAUAGACGACAAUGAAAACAAAGUGAACAAUUCUGCCAUUGGUAUGAGCCACUGUGAAGGGUUAAACAUUGUCGUAAAGAAAAAGCUAGUAUUUAACACACUUGCUGAUCUUGCUAUCGAAGAUGAUUGUAUAACUGAGGAAGCUCUGGCAAACCCUGAAGAUGCCAUCCAGAGCUGUAAAGAUCUAGAGAUUGCUCAUGAAGGGUCCAAUGAUGACCAGCCUGUGGCAAAGGAAAAGCAACAAAAUGAUUACAUUUUGAUUAGUCAUGGCUUUGAUGAUGACAGUGAGAGCGGAGAUGCUCAUGUGGCAGGCAAUGAAGAAACGGACAGCCUUUCUGACUUCGAGGGGGGUUUGGGGGCUGAGGGUCAUGACUUUCCUUUAGACGGUGCGGACAUGUAUGCUGGAAAGGCGGACUUGGAUGAGGAAAGUACAGAGGAUGAUGAACUAGAGGAGAUGGCGAAUAAUUCAGAUGAUGAGGAUGAAGAAGAUGAGGAAAACGGCUUACUUUUGAAUCGCAGAGAGCAUUUGGAUAGUCUUACAGCAGAUGAAGAGCUAGAGAACACGUAUCCUGGUUCAGCAGAUGAUCUCUUGUCUGAAGACGACCAGCUGACGGAACAUGUGUCUUCUGGUAUUUUAAAAGCCGAUGUAGAAUUCCCUGGUACUUUAAAAGAUGAAGAUCCCAAACAGUUAAUCACCGCCACUGACAACUGUGGCAUUGAAGAUGCUACUUUAUUUUAUGAAUUUAGCAAGCCUACUUUCACCAAAGGCAAGCUGCCUACUGUUGUGUGUAACCUGUGUAAGAAAGAAGGACAUCUAAAAAAAGACUGCCCAGAAGACUUUAAAAAAAUUGAACUGGAACCCUUGCCACCUUUAACAUCCAAGUUUUGCCAAAUUUUGGAUCAAGUUUGUAUGCAGUGUUACACGGAUUUUUCUCCCUCGGCACUAGAGGGUAAAGCUCGGGAACAUAUACGACAGGAUCUGGAAGAUUUUGUAAGACGUGAUUUUCCGGGAGCAAGGCUUAACUUGUUUGGUUCCUCAAAAAAUGGCUUUGGGUUCAUAGAAAGUGAUCUGGAUAUCUGUCUGACAUUUGAUGGGCUUGAAACGGCUGAGACUUUGGAUUCAAUAAGGACGAUUGAAGAAUUGGCAAGACAUCUUCGAAAACAUCAAGGUUUGAGGAAUAUCCUUCCUAUUACCACAGCAAAGGUGCCAAUUGUAAAAUUCUUCCAUGUAAGAAGUGGACUUGAAGGAGACAUCAGUUUAUAUAACACACUGGCUCUACAUAACACUAGGCUUUUGGCAUCAUAUGCCGCUAUAGAUCCAAGAGUAAAAUACCUUUGUUACAUCAUGAAGGUGUUCACCAAGGUAUGUGACAUAGGAGAUGCUUCCAGAGGCAGUCUGUCUUCAUACGCGUAUACUCUUAUGGUGCUAUACUUCCUUCAGCAAAGGGAUCCACCUGUUAUCCCUGUCCUCCAAGAGAUUUACAUAGAUGCCCAUAGGCCUGAAAUACUUGUUGAUGGCUGGAAUGUGUACUUCUUUGACAAAUUGGAUGAAUUGUCAAAACACUGGCCAGAUUAUGGAAAAAAUAAGGAGUCUCCUGGUGAACUAUGGCUGGGGCUUCUUCGUUUUUAUACAGAAGAUUUUGAUUUUAAAGAACAUGUCAUUUCUAUCAGAAGAAAAAGCUUGCUCACCACUUUUAAAAAGCAGUGGACUUCCAAAUACAUAGUCAUAGAAGAUCCUUUUGACCUAAAUCACAAUCUGGGCGCUGGAUUGUCCAGAAAGAUGACUAAUUUUAUAAUGAAAGGUUUUAUCAAUGGAAGGCGGGUAUUUGGCACUGCAGUGAAAAGUUUUCCAAAAGAAUAUCGAUCCAAAAUGGAGUAUUUCUUUGAUCCAGAUGUACUGACCGAAGGUGAACUUGCUCCUAAUGACAGAUGUUGUCGCAUUUGUGGCAAAAUUGGACACUUUAUGAAAGAUUGCCCUAUGAGAAGAAAAGCAAGAAGGCGCAAUCAUGAAAAUGCCUCAAACCAAAGAUACCCAGACAAGAGACCGCAAAGAAAAAUUGAGGACAAAGAAAUGAAUAUGCAGGGAGGUGGUGUGAGCGUGGAUGGAAGAGAGCUACAUACCACUCCAAGAAAAGCGCAACAAGGACCAUGGAGCAACAAUGAGCCCUGCAAAGAUAGGACACCUAGAUCUGGCUCUGAAAAGUGGAAAAGACCAGAAGACCGAGAGCUUAGAGAGAAACGGUGCUUCAUUUGUGGACGGGAGGGUCACAUCAAGAAAGAAUGUCCUCAGUAUAAAGGGCCAGCGGGGAGCCCAAAGUCUGAUACCGUGUAUGGAUCGCCAUCUGGAGCCAGUCCUCAGAAACCACAGGCACGAUUUAUUCCAGUAGUACCAUCACCAGAUGACCGGAAAAAACAAAAAAUGUCUUUCAGUCCUCAGUCAGGCAGCCUUUCCAAUAAAUACAUGUCUCAGGGAAAAGCCUCUCAGAGGAGGACACAGCAGGAAUCCUAAAGGAGGAGGCACACUGCCACAGAUUUAAGCCGUCCAGGUGUAUGCCUUUCUACUUGGAAUGAAGUUUACGUUAAGAUCAACUCUAGUCAUGGAACAGCAGCAAUGAAAUAACAUUGGACACGAUUAAUAAAUGGUUACUUUUUGUUUUAACCUCCGUAUGACAAAGUUAAAACGUAAUAGCGUUUUGUGUUUUAAUUCUCUUAUCAUGGGCACCUUUUUUUUCUUAAUUUAUUUUUAAUAUUUUAACUGACUGCCACAUAAUGGACAGUUAUACUAUUCUGUAAUGAAUUCAUGGUGCCCCUUUCUGCCCAUGCCAUUUUAAUUGUAGCGCAGCUAUCUUAUAUGGAUUACCAAUUGAGAUUCCUACUUUUCUUUUUCUGAAA